AUGCGCCUGAGGAGAGAGGCCAGGAUUUUAUGGAGAUUAUAUGGAUACUCUGCUAGGCUACUGAAAACUAAACUUUUUAGAACAGCUGCAUCAAAUACAUCAUUUCCAGAAGUUUGGUUACUACUGGUACAGUAUUUUGAGAGAGUACCUGGAUUUUUUUGGGUAGUUCAGAGAAACAGUUUCUUUACAAUGCCUGAAAUUCUAGAAAAUAAAGCUGAUCUUGAACUGUAUUCACCUCAUCCUGAAGUACGUGGAAUGACAACACUUGACAGAGCAGCUUUCAAAAGGACAAUUGUUGUUCCAGUUCUAAAAGUGAAAAAAGAAGUAAUAAACAAAUUGUUAAAAUCCCUCAAACAUACAACACUGCAUCGCCCAGGUCUGAAGCGAGUGAUUGAUGAUCCAAAAGAUGAAGACAGACUUGUUGUGUUGGAUCCUCAUAAAAUAUCAGCAGAAUAUUCACUGGGAGAAUCUGAACAAGAAAUAUUAAAGCAGUUUAAUAUCGACCCUCAGGUGUCCAAGUAUAACUUGGAACUGACUUACGACAAUUUCAAGACUGAGGAAAUCUUACGAGCGGUGCUUCCUGUAGGUCAAGAUGUCACCUCUGGAUUUACUAGGAUUGGCCAUAUAGCUCACUUGAAUCUUAGAGAUCAUCAGCUACCCUACAAACAUCUGAUUGGUCAGGUUAUAAUUGACAAGAAUCCAGGAAUCACCUGUUCAGUAAAUAAAAUCAAUAUUAUUGACAACACUUAUCGAAAUUUUCAAAUGGAAGUGCUAGCUGGAGAGGCCAAUAUGAUAACAAAGACUAGAGAAAACAACAUCACCUAUGAAUUUGACUUUUCUAAAGUCUAUUGGAAUUCCCGUCUAAGCACAGAACAUGGCCGUAUCAUUGAACUUUUAAAGCCAGGUGAUGUUCUAUUUGAUGUCUUUGCCGGGGUUGGACCUUUUGCCAUUCCAGCUGCAAAGAAAAAGUGCAGUGUAUUUGCAAAUGAUCUCAACCCUGAAUCCUACAAAUGGCUUCUACACAACUGUAAAUUAAAUAAAGUGGACAAAAACAUAAAAAAUUUCAAUAUGGAUGGUCGGGAUUUUCUUCUGGGGCCAGUUAAAGAAGAGCUAACCAAGGAACUGUCACUUCUGACAAAAGAAAGGAAAAACACUCUGCACAUAGUCAUGAAUUUGCCAGCUUUGGCUAUCGAAUUUCUAGAUGUUUUCAAACAUUUAUUAGACGGAAAGCCAUGCAGCACUGACCUCCUUCCCACAGUGCACUGUUACAGCUUCUCAAAACAUGAUAGUCCAGCCAAAGACAUUCAAGAAGGGGCUGAAGCUUUUCUGGGAACUUCUUUAGAGGGACGCUGUUCUACUCAUCUGGUGAGAAGUGUUGCACCAAAUAAGGAAAUGAUGUGCAUCAGUUUCCAGAUCCCAGCUGAAGUGCUGUUCAAGAAGCAGUAUUCUCAUGAAGGUAAAUUAAAGUCCAAUGCUGGAAACUUUAGGGUUUUCCAGCUGUAUACUUUGUCUCAAAUUAUACUUGAAAAAAAAAAAAAAGACUGCAUUUGA